AUGGCCUACUACACGGGCUAUGUCCGCACCCCGUCGGGCGUCCUCAAGAUGUUCCAGAUCCUGGUGGGGCUCGUGAUCGUCAUCAGCCUGAUGAAGUUCAACUACGACCGCCAGGACAUGUCGUACACCUUCCGCCUCGACGCCGUCCUCAUGGCCAUGACGGCGUUCACGUUCCUCCUUGUCUCCUGCGUUCUCCUGCUGUGCGCCCUGCUGGACGGGCCCAUGCACGGCUGCAGCGUCACCUACAGACUGCUCAACGUGUUCGCGCUCUUCGCCUACCUCCUGGCCACCACGGGGUUCCUGGCCUCCGAGUUUCGCUAUGGCGAGGAUUGGCAUUUCAGCCUCGCCAUUGGCAUGCUGUGCGUGGGCAACACGGUGGCCUACGGGGGCAACACGUUCCUUGCGUACAAAACUCUACUUGACUGA